GGGCGUCAGGUUCAUCUGCUCCCUCUGUUUCUCUUCUCCAACCUUUCCCUUCUCUCCGAGAGAAACUCUCUCCUGAUCUCCCCCCUUGCUCGAGAUCUUCCUUCCCUGGCGGCGACGACUGGGCGAGCGGCGGCCCAGCCCUUUGCCGGCAACGAGCGCAUCCUCCAGGCUCACAGAACACGGUCUUUUUAUGUUAUAAAGCUGCAAUGAAGGAUGCUCAGGUGAGUUUGCUCGCUUUUGCCUUCAGUCCUUCAUUCUUCAGAAUAAAUUGAUUGCUGGUAGAUUUUAUACAGCUUAAGUGCAUGUUUUUUCCCCUUAAGCAGACUGCAAGUGAUGUGCUAUAUGGAAUUUGUAUUGGAUGCUAAACAGUUCACUUUCUUUUAAAGGUUUUGGUAAUUGGAUAGUAUUCUAUAAGCCACUUGUUCUUUUUGUUGUUGGAUGUGUACUACCCAGUCUGGGCCUAACUCAAUAUUUACCAUGCGUAUUCUACCCUUUUUUUCUUAUUAAUAAUGAUACGCAGCUCUCCUCUGUGUUUGCGAGAGAGAAAAAAACAGGCAGCUGUCCUGCCUUUUCGUUUCAAAAAUUGAAUUUCUGUGGGGUAACUAAACGUAAACAUGAGCAAUUGCACAGAAUCUGUACUUAAACCUAAAGAAAAUGGUAUUGCACAGACGCUAUGGAUCUAUGUAUUUAGCAAUUGUGGUCCAAUAACGAGAUUGCUCUCAUUUUGUUUCAAUGAUUCAUUCUUUAAUGCCAAGGCCUCAGUUUUUUUCCCUCCAUUCCUGGACAAUUUUUUCUUAAAUACCGAGGCCUCCAUUUUUAUUUCUUGCUGAUAUACUCACAAUGGACUGAUGUUACUUUCAACGGCGCCAUUUACCCACGUUUUUCCCUUCAUCAGGCAGUUGAAUUAUGUUACUCAAGGACUUUUUCUACAGGAUAUUCAGAGCACGACAGAGUUGCAGUCAUCAGCACAAGGUAUUAAUGAAGUGCAGAGUCAACAACCAAAUGCAAUGGCCACUGAUGCUCCUGCAGGAGAUUCUGGUUCCUUGUCAGUAGCAAGUAAUGACAAUAAGAAGGUCUCUCGUGAAGACAUUGAACUUGUACAGAAUUUGAUAGAACGAUGUCUACAGCUAUACAUGAACAAAGGAGAGGUUGUUAGGACUCUAUCUACUCGUGCAAGAAUAGAACCUGGCUUCACUACCUUAGUAUGGCAGAAACUCGAAGAAGAGAACUCUGAGUUCUUUAGGGCUUACUAUAUACGGUUGAAAUUGAAAAGGCAGAUCAUCUUGUUCAAUCAUUUAUUGCAACACCAGUACAAUUUAAUGAAAUAUCCAGUACCUUCAAGUGUUCCAUUGGCUCCAAUGCAAAAUGGGAUUCAUCAUAUGCCAGUUGGCAAUUUACCAAUGGGGUAUCCAGUACUUCAGCAGCCUAUAAUGCCUGCUCCAGGCCAGCCUCACAUAGACCCAAUGGCCUGUGGUAUGUCCAGUGGUCAUGUAGUGAAUGGAAUCCCUGCCCCAGGUGGUUAUCAUCCAAUUCGCAUGAACUCUGGAAAUGACAUGGUUGUGGACAAUGGUGUAACUGAAGCACCACAUGCUGGCGCUACUGGCAGUGCUAUGUCAUCUGAGAUGGCUGUGAGUCCCUCAUCAGCGGCGUCAAGCAACCAUGCUCCUUUUACGCCAUCAGAGAUACCAGGGAUGACCAUGGAUGUAUCAGCCCUAGAUUCAACGUUUGGAUCUGAUGUAGGAAAUGCCGGACCUCUGCAAUUAGGACCAGAUGGCUCGUCAAGAGACUCCAUCAGAUCCUUAGGGCAGAUCUGGAAUUUCAGCCUUUCUGAUCUAACAGCAGAUUUGAUGAGCUUGGGAGAUUUGGAAGCUCUUGAGAACUACACCGGUACCCCUUUCCUGCAUUCAGAUUCUGACAUAUUACUUGAUUCCCCAGAUCAGGACGACAUAGUUGAGUAUUUUGCUGAUGCCAUCAACGGAUCUCAAUCAGAUGAAGAGAAACCACAGUGAUGCUCUUUUUUCAUAUCGUAGCCCCGUUCAGGUUCAGGAAGGACUCCAAUCUCUCAUGUAGUGUAACUUUGCUGCGAUGCUGCGGCGAACCUAACUGUGUAUCCCCUUCUCCCCACACACAGGUGGGGUAAUUCCGUAAUUGGCCUUUGCCGCUAGAGAAUAUUUUUAGUAGUGGUUAAAAUCCUAAUUCUUUGGAAUAAACAGUUGGUUGGUGUAGCCUUUGGCUGGAUAAAAGUCGCUGGCUGUGAAUGGUGGGUGAAA